CAUUUCUGCCUUCGACCACCCGCUCCCAGGACUCCCUCCCUAAAGUGUCUUCUUCACCCUUCCUCUCUCCCUCCCCUCACCAGUUAUUUCAAUGCCCCGGCUAUCCUGGCGCAUUGCCAUCUGGGCAACGGGAUUGCAUAAGUAUCCUUGAUCAGCUGAGCUGGACGGAGCAGCAGGCGAGAGGACGCUGGCUUUGGCCCGAGAAGGCAGGGCUGAAAAAUUGCAAAAACAAAAACACCCUUCCAAGAAACGAUUCCUAAAUUAGGUCGCCCAAGAAUCCAGAUUGAGCCACCGGUUCUACCGAAAUGAGGAAUCAGCCCUUCCAUCGUCGAGGGAAAGGAGAACGGCUGGAGAAGGAGCAGGAACCUAGCCAGAUGCCUCCAACAUCCUCACCGUUUCAUCGUGCUGCGUGCCCCUUACUCACAACGGGUUUAUUUCUAAUAGUGGUAGCAUUGGGGUGUUCCUAUGUCGUUCUUUUCCAAACGACAGACAGAAUGAAGAUUGAGAAGUUGGAGCUACGAAAGGAUGGGUUCACCAUCAAGAACCGGGAUGGAGACGUCAUCUUCAGGUUGACCUUUCAAUCUGGUGUCCUUGACCUGGAGUCCUGCUUCCAGGAAACAGACCUGUUGACUUGUUCCAGGACAGAUAAAAGAAAGAUUCGUUUCAUCAUCAGAGCGAUUAAACCAAAGAGGUCUGUGAGCUGUUACUCCAUCACCUGGGAAGAGUUUCUAGCAGACACGGUGGUGGACCACAGAAUGUUCUGGGGAGAUGCCUCCUGGUAUGGAGGCUACGAGAUGAGCGUCCAGCAUUGGCCAAUCAAGUUGCCAGGAUACCAGGAACCCAUGCCUUACGUGACCAGCGAUGUCUAUUCUUUUCGGAACAACUUCGGAGGUGUCCUGGAGAGAUAUUGGUUGUCCUCCAAAGCAGUAGCUGUCAAGAUCGAUGACUCGGUUCCUUUCCACCUUGGCUUCAACGCCACAGAACCAUCUCUUGUUUUCCAAGCCAAGUACAAAGAUUCUCCAUAUGGUUCUUUGCCAGAGAAUCAAGCUUUUCCAAGGUUAUGUUAUCAUAUCUGCACGGCUCCCGAUAUGACUUCCACCCAUAAAUAUGUGUCACAGCAUUAUUUCAGGAAACCUUUGAAAGUCCCUUCAGAACAGAUGUUUAGGUUCCCAAUCUGGUCCACCUGGGCCCUUUAUAAAAAAGAGAUCGAUCAAAAGAAAGUUCAGGAAUUCGCCCAAAUGAUCCUGAAACACGGAUUUAAAGCCAGCCAUAUUGAAAUCGACGACAUGUACACGCAGAAUUACGGUGACUUUGACUUCGAUGUCUUGAAGUUUCCUCGCGCAGCAGAAAUGUUUGAAAAGCUUAAGAAGGACGGGUUUAACGUUACGGUUUGGAUCCACCCGUUUGUCCACGAGAAAUCACCAAACUUUAAGGAAGGAAUCGAGAAAGGAUUUUUUGUCACGCAAAGAAACGAGGGAUCCCCUGCCAUGGUGAAGUGGUGGAAUGGAAUUGGCGCCAUUUUGGAUUUCACCAACCUUGCAGCCCGAGAUUGGUUUCACACCCACUUAAAGGAACUUGGCUUAAAAUAUGGCAUAUCCUCCUUCAAGUUUGAUGCCGGGGAGACGUGCUACCUUCCCAAAGAGUUCACCACCUUCCAACCUCUUCUGGAUCCCAGCACCUGGUCCAAGAAUUAUGCAGAAAUGGCCAGCCCUUUUUAUGAAUUUGCAGAAGUUCGUGUGGGUUACCAGACCCAACACAUCCCGUGUUUCGUUCGUAUUAUUGACCGGGAUUCCAUUUGGGGAUACGAGCUUGGGCUAAAAUCCAUAAUUCCCACAGUUCUAAGCAUUGGCCUUCUGGGAUACCGUUUCAUCCUACCAGAUAUGAUCGGUGGAAAUUUUAUUCCAGAUAAAACCGACGGGGCUCUGGAAAUCCCGGACCGGGAACUCUACAUCCGUUGGCUGGAGUUGUCCGCCUUCAUGCCGUCCAUGCAGUUCUCCAUCCCGCCUUGGCUCUACGAUAAGGAGGUCAUCGAAAUCGCCCUGAAGUUCACCAAGCUUCACGAGUCCUUGGUGGCCCCUCUCUUGCUGGAACUGGCCGGCGAGAUCACCAACACCGGGGAUCCCAUCCUACGGCCGAUCUGGUGGAUCUCUCCCGGGGACGAGUCUGCUCACAAGAUCGAUUCCCAGUUCCUCAUCGGAGACACCUUGAUGGUGGCCCCUGUCUUGGAGAUGGGGAAACAGGAACGAGAUAUCUACAUCCCGGCGGGCAAAUGGCGGAGUUACAAAGGAGAGCUGUUUGAGAAGACUCCCACCUUGAUCACGGACUACCCCGUGGAUCUGGAUGAAGUGGCUUAUUUCUUUUUGGAUCCUUAAAUCUCUCCAGGCCAAACUGUCCCAAAGGUGCUUUUUGAGGAGGCAACGGGACUUUCUAGUUUUUUUCUUUUGAAGACACUUCGCUUCUCAUCCAAGAAGCUUCUUCAGCUCUGACUGGAUGGUGGGGAAUGGAAGGAUUUAUAUUCUUUGCAGACAAAAGCUGGUCAUUUGCAUCCUUUUAGCAAGUCGUUAAGGCCACUUGGAGUCUACCUCCAAGUAGACAUGAUAGCAGUGUUCCAAUAUCUCACGGGUUGCCACAAAGAAGAGGGAGUCAAACUAUUCUUCAAAGCAAAGAGUGUAGAACAAGAAGCAAUGGGUGGAAACUAAUCAAGGAGAGAAGCAAGUUAGAACUAAGGAGAAAUUUCCUGACAGUUGUCUGCAGAAGUUGUGAAUGCCCCAAUACUGGAAAUUUUUAAGAAGAUGUUGGAUAACCAUUUGUCUGAAGUGGUGUAGGGUCUCCUGCCUGGGCAGGGGGUUGGACUAGAUGACCUCCAAGGUCCCUUCCAACUCUGUUAUUCUAUUCUAUUCUAUUCUAUUCUAUUCUAUUCUAUUCUAUUCUAUUCUAUUCUAUUCUAUUCAUCCCAAAUUGCAUGGCUAAAAGUCUGUAGAGAUUCUCUGUCAUCCAGGCCAUGGUGGUCCCAAAGGUGCUUUUCUCAGGAGGGAACUGAGUCCCUACUAUCCAGUCAGAGCUGAAGAAGCUUCUUGGAUGACCAAAAAACCAGAAAGUCCAGUUGCCUCCUCAAAAAGCACCUUUGGGACAACCAGGACCUGGAUGACAGAGAAUCUCUACCGACUUUCUCCAGACCAAAAUAGAUUGAAAUUCUCUUAGAAUCAUGGCAAAGGAAGAGGGCAUGUCAUUCAAUCUUCAGAUGACAUGGACUGAACUCAAAAUGUUUAUUUUUAGAUGCAGAAUGGUUUUUUUGCCGGCAAUUAUUUUUCUUAACACAUGGCAGAUGCCCUUCUGGUGUGCCUUUUCAUUCUGCUGAACCUUCAUGGCUUACAAGCUGUUUGUCUCAGCUGUCCAUGAUGGGGAAGAAGAAUUGUUAUCUUCGCACAGCAGAUGGGACAAUCAAGACCAGGGUGACUAAUCAGGGAACAGGUAACAAGGAGAGAAGGACAAAUGAAUGUCAUGAGACCUUCAUCUCAACUUCUUCUCUGGGAAUAUUUUGGAUUUUUUUUUUCCCCCGGGGAGACAUUAGGUCUCUAGGUAUCAUCCUCAGGCUAGAAGGGAGAGGGGUUUCCACGCUCUUUAUGUACCAGUGGCUUG